GCUCAGAUGCAGAAUAUAUGUGCAUUUCGAGGUCGCGAUUUGAGGUGCCUCCUUCGUGGAUGACAGUCAACCUGCAAAGUCUGUUUGCACAGAAGUUUAGUGUAUUCGUAAAAAGGAACUUGGCACAGCAGGUGACAGCUGUCGAUCUUCAUCCAUCAUUCGGCAUUGAUAUCCCACGAGAAAGUAUAUGUAUGGAGUCUUCACGAGUCCAACUACAACCGUAAAGACUUCUUUCACCGGCGUGCAGCGGAAGACAAUGCAGUCGAGCAGAAUUCUCCUCGCCCUUUUGGUGCUCCGCAGUGUACAUUCAAUCCAGGAGUUCUGUCAAGUGGACAAGAGAAUGGAGUUCGCUGUGGCGACUGAGUUAGGAAGAGUGGUCAACUACCUGUUCAAAAAAUGUAUUCCGAUCAUCAUGGAAAACAUCUCGUUCAAGCCCAACGCUGACAACAUAACCAUGCUUAUCAGAAUGACUUGCGAAAGCCUUCAACACUGCUGGCAGCAAUUCGGAGAUGAUAUCCAGAAGAUAUUCGAUUGCGUCUACCUUCCUUUUCCAGACAAGCUGCGCAAGCUCAAUUUCGAAGAGAAGGACAUCGACAUCUUGGGAAGAGCAACGUUGUGCGUCAAGCCUAAGCUCAAGUCUGUAGAAGUUGCGCGAUACGUACUCUCAUACGCGCAUAAAAUUUCUGGUUAA